GUACAGUCCCCGGCUACGUCCCUGUGACAUGACCCGACAUGGCUUCAAGGCUUUCCCAGUCCCACCUGAAGCUGGAGGCAGAGAUCGAGCGCUGCAGGGCAGAGUGUCAGUGGGAGAAGAUCCAGAGCCUGACCAAGCAGCUAGCCCCCAAGAACCAGCACAGCACUGAUGACUUCACAAACCUGCUGCUUGCCGAGGCUCUGCUGGAACUCUGUUUAAAGGAGAAUGUUGCCAAACUCAAAGACUCCAUUCCAUUAAUGGAAAGCAAGGAGCCAAAACUGCAUCAAGCCAAGAAUUAUCUAACUGGUAUUCUAAACAGAGGCAAAUUACCACCACAUUACCUAACAGAAGCUCUGUUGAUUCUGGGAAAGCUCCAUUAUGUGGAGGGAUCUUAUCGGGACGCUGUAAGCAUGUACGCCCGAGCUGGUUUUGAAAACAUGUCAUUGGACGAUGAGCCUCUGUAUAAGCUGCGCCUUUUUACUGAAGCUUUCCUUAUCAAAGGCUUAUCAUUAGAGCGCUCUACAGCCACCAUUGCAUCCCGAGCUCGCCUUUCGGAGAGAGAAGAGGAAGCUAUAUCGUGUUUUGAGAAAGCCAGCUGGAUUGCACGAGUCUAUUUUCAAGAGCUGGAGAAGAGUGUAAGCAGCACAAGGAAUUCUAAAGGCAGCUCAUCCUGUCCCGACUUUGAGCUCAGUUACUUCCUGGAAGCGGCACUUCAGUGCGCUGCUGCCGCACAUUUCAAGAGAGGAAACAUUUCAAAAGGAAUCAAAGAACUCAGAGCUGUCUUACGGGUUGUAGAGACAAAAGCCACACAGAAUUUCAAAAUGACAGCAUCUCGGCAGCUUGCCGAAGUCCUGCUCCAUUCCUUAAGUGAGAAUUGCUACUGGUCUCCAGUGAGAAGCCCUUCGUCUGAAACCAUGAAGAGAGAAGACCACUCGCUCCCUUACCACAUCAUCAGUCAUAAACCGCAUAUUCACUCAGGAGAUAACUUGUUCUGCCCUCAGGACAAUAUCGAGGAGGCUCUACUGCUGCUGCUGAUCAGCGAAUCAAUGGCGAACAGAGAUGCUGUUAUUAGCCGCGCUCCAGACCAGAAGGAAGACCGCGCUGUCAGCUUACAGAAUGCUUCUGCAGUAUAUGACCUGUUGAGUAUCACAAUGGCCAGAAGAGGGCAGUAUGCCAUGCUUUCUGAGUGUCUGGAGAGGGCCAUGAAGUUUGCAUGUGGAGAGUUUCAUCUUUGGUAUCAGCUGGCAUUAUCCAUGAUGUCUUGUGGCAAGUAUGCCUAUGCUGUGUCAGUGCUGAGAGAGUGCUGUAAGCUGCGUCCCACAGACCCAACUGUUCUGCUCCUUGCUGCCAAGGUCUGCAUUGGGCCACUUCAUUGGUUAGAAGAAGGGGAGCGGUUCGCAAAACAAGUGACAGACAUGGGAGAUGAAGCAGGAGAGUCGCUCGCAAAAGGAUUCCUGGCACUGGGACUGGUGUACAGCUUGCAAGCUACUGAUGCCAUUCAGAAAAGCACUCAGGAUGAUUGGAGCAAGAAGGCUCUCCAGGCAUUACAGAAAGCGCAUGAGCUAGAUCCAGAGGACACACAGAUCAUUUUCUUCUGGUCACUACAGCUGGGACUUGUCCGGCAGAUAGCAGAUGCAAUAGAACAUCUCCAGGAAGCACUCAAGCUCCGCAAGGAUGAUAUAUGCAGUCUGCACCUCCUGGCCCUUUUGUUAUCAGCACAAAAACAGUAUAAACACGCCACGGAUGUCAUCAAUAUGGCCAUAUCUGAGUACCCUGAAAACUUCAGUUUAUUGUUCACCAAAACAAAACUGGAGUGGAAGCACAAAGGACCCGAGGAGGCUCUGAUAACCUGCCGCCAUAUGUUAUACCUGUGGCAGAAACUGUUUAACUAUUCACAACUCAGUGACAGUGAAAAAGAAAGCAGUCUAGCUGAUGUUCCCCUGACAAGAAAACACAGUGCGAUGCACCUUGCUCUUCCAGAAGGUCAUGACCAGGAGAAUGGAUCCCAGCGGGCAUCAUCUAUUGCAGCAUCACGCAUGGAGCAGGCUAUGUCUGAGAUAACUAUGCACAGCAGCGCUCAGAGGCAGGGGCCAAUGCAGCAGUGGAUCACUCUCGAGCAGAUAUGGCUUCAGGCUGCUGAACUCUUUAUGGAACAACAGCUUAUGAAAGAAGCAGGCUUUUGUAUCCAGGAGGCAGCCAGCCUUUUUCCCACAUCACACACUGUGCUGUACAUGCGUGGGAAGCUUUCCGAGAUGAAAGGCUGUUUGGAGGAGGCAAAGCAAUUGUACAACGAAGCACUAACAGUCAAUCCAGAUGGAGUGAAAAUUAUGCACAGCCUGGGUCUUACACUGACGAGGCUUGGGAGGUACAGCCUUGCUGAGAAGUUUCUUCGGGAUGCAGUACAGAUUCAGAGCACGUCACACGAUGCCUGGAAAGGGCUGGGGGACGUUUUACAAGCACAGGGAAAACAUGAAGCUGCUGUGGAAUGUUUCAUAACUGCACUAGACUUGGAGUCCAGCAGUCCGAUAUGCCCAUUCACCAUCAUACCUCGUGAACUGUGAGGAACUCUGCAGGAACUGGAAAAUUCCCUUUAUUUAAAGGCCACUCCUAUUUAUGGGGGUAUGUCCUUAGGU